AUGGACAUUCUCACUAUGAAUGAUCACGGCUUAAGUUUACACAAGUCGUAUACAAGGCAAAUAAAACAACUCAACUUUUACUUUCUCUUAAUUGCUUCAAAUCUUUUCUGCCGUCCCAAACAAACAUCUGUCUACUAUUUUGCUCUAACUAAAAUUCCCACUUUUCUGUGUCUCGCCCUUCUCACGCCAUUUGGCAUCGUGGGCAACGCAGGUGUAAUUUACGUUUAUGGUUUUCGUCUGAAAAAAACGAACCUUCAACAUUUUAUCACUUUGUUGGCCGUGUUUGAUAUAGUCUGCUGUCUGGUUGCAUUUCCUUUGAAAAUGGUAGAACUUUGGUUACCCGUCAUGUAUCCAUCGGGCCUGCUAUGCAAAGUUCAGAACUCUAUCAUUUGUUUUACGUGUGUAGCAUCAGCCCUCACCCUGCUGAUUAUCUCCGUCGACCGUUACAAAAAAGUGUGCCGUCCAACACAAUCCCAGAUGACUCUGAUGCACGCUAAAAUCCUUUUCUUGGUGAUAACGAUCGUGUCGUUGGCAUUUGCCGUCACGGCGGCUUUGGUCUACGACCGGCGAAAUCUGUCGCUCACCGACGGUGGAGAUUUGGUGGGACAUAUCUGCGUGAUGGACUUCAAUUCAGUAAUAACCCAGGGCUAUUUUCUGGCUCUCUUUGUGGUCUUGGUCACUGUGCUCGGGACUAUGCUGGUCUUGUACUGUCUUGUGUGGAGGGCGGCCAAGAAGCACUUUAAACAAUCGGAUCUUCGAUACCGACACAACGACAACCAGGAAGAGGGAGAUGACCACCAGUCUCCACACAAGAAGAACCUCCACCGGACGAACAGGACGGUCGUUCUCAUUUCCCUCCUCUUCGCAGUUAGUUUCGUCCCCUCUCUCAUGGUUUCAGUACUUUUCGCGCAGUUCACCCACGUGAAAUUCUCGAUGGCCACCCGCACGGUGCGAGAACUCAUCUACGGCACGUGGGCACUCAACAGUAGCAUGAACCCUUUGGUGUAUGGAUUUUGCAACGAGAACUUUCGUAUGGAAUUCCAGAGUCUACGCAUUCCCUUCGGCUGUUACGGAAGAUACACAACACCGAAAAAAGACAACAUUCAACCGAUUGCUCAAGUAUAA